CCACCCACUCGCUCCCAUUUAACCCAGCCCGCAGCCUCUCCGUGACUCCGCGGCUCGCCCUGCGGCCCCCGCCCUAGCCGCCCCCCCGCGCUCCCGCCCGCCUCCCCGCCCGCCCCACUUCUCAUUCACUUGGCUCGCACGGCGCAGAGGCACAGGGAGCACACUCCGCCAGGCUGCGCGCAGAGCCGGAGCCAGAGGCCGCGGAGACGCUAUGCACGCCCCCAACUGAAGCAGCAGCACCUCCACGCCGCAGCUCCCGGCAGCGCAGCGGGUUUCGGGGAGCUCAGACCCAGAGUGAGCCCUGCCGGGGAGAGAUCCGAGGGCCCCUCCAGGACAGUUCUCACCCGACGCUCUCCCGCAGACAGGAGCGCACAGUGGCCCCGGCUCGCGGUGCCAUGGAGCGGAUCCCCAGCGCGCAGCCGCCCCCCGCCUGCCUGCCCAAGGCGCCAGGACGGGAACCCGGAGACCUACCAGGGAUGGAUUUUGCCCACAUGUACCAAGUGUACAAGUCGAGGCGAGGAAUAAAGCGCAGCGAAGACAGCAAGGAGACCUACAAACUGCCGCACCGGCUCAUCGAGAAAAAGAGACGUGACCGGAUUAACGAGUGCAUCGCCCAGCUGAAGGAUCUCCUGCCCGAACAUCUCAAACUUACAACUUUGGGUCACUUGGAGAAAGCAGUGGUCCUUGAGCUCACCUUGAAGCACGUGAAAGCCCUCACGAACCUCAUCGACCAGCAGCAGCAGAAAAUCCUGGCCCUGCAGAGCGGUCUGCAAGCCGGGGAGCUGUCCGGGAGGAGCAUCGAAGCAGGCCAAGAGAUGUUCUGCUCGGGCUUCCAGACCUGUGCCCGGGAGGUGCUGCAGUACCUGGCCAAGCACGAGAAUGCACGGGACCUGAAGUCUUCGCAGCUGGUCGCCCACCUGCACCGGGUGGUCUCCGAGCUGCUGCAGGGGGGCCCCCCCAGGAAGGCGUCGGAGCCAGGUCCCAAGGUGGAGGACUUCAAGGAGAAACCCGGCGCCCUGGCCAGAGGCUCCGAGGGCCCGGGCAAGAACUGCGUGCCCGUCAUCCAGCGGACUUUCGCUCACUCCGGCGGGGAGCAGAGCGGCAGCGACACAGACACCGACAGCGGCUAUGGAGGCGAGUCGGAGAAGGGCGACCCGCGCGGCGAGCAGCCCUACCUCAAAAGUGAGCAAGGGCACAGGUUCACCGCGGGAGAGCGGAUCGGGGCCAUCAAGCAAGAGUCCGAAGAGCCCCCCACCAAAAAGAGCAGGGUGCAGCUCUCCGAGGAGGAAGGCCGCUUCCCUGGCGGGGACCCCGUGGGCUCCCCAUUCCUGGGCCCACACCCCCACCAGCCCCCCUUCUGCCUGCCCUUCUACCUGAUCCCGCCCACGGCCACUGCCUACCUGCCCAUGCUGGAGAAGUGCUGGUACCCCACCUCCGUGCCCCUGCUGUACCCGGGCCUCAACGCCUCCGCCGCAGCCCUCUCCGGCCUCAUGACCCCGGACAAGCUCUCAGGCCCCCUGCUCCUGCCGCAGAGACCCCCUUCCCCCUCACCGCCCCACCCGGCCCUGGACUCCUCCGCCCUGCUCCACGCCCUGAAGCAGGUACCCCCUUUACACUUAGAAACCAAAGACUAAACUCUUUCGGGGGUCCUGCUGCUGCGCCUGCCACCCUCUUUUCUUCCCCACCCCCCCAAAAAGUGUGUUUGUGAGCACAGUGAGACUGUUCCAGUGUGUGCAAGGUUUGCUGAGGCUGGACACAACAGUGGGGGGUCGGGUGGGGGGUGCCCAUGUGUUAGUUGUGGUCCAAGGGACACAGGAAGGGGUGCCUGCCGGCAGGAGUGUUGGGGGAUGGAGGCGGACCGCCAGGCUUUACCCCACCGGGAGAAGAACCCCCUCCUGAUAGGAAUCAGCUGGAUUUCCAAAAGCUUCAAAGCCUCGGUCUGUGAGUCAGCCUCCACGUCGGGAGCCAGGUCUGUGGCUUUGAGAAAAAGGUACUUUCAGAAGAGGGCUUUCCAAAGUGCAGCGCCCAGCCCGCUCUCCUGACCCCGCCCCUCUCCCUCCUGUUGCCACGGUGACUCACCGCCCCAGGAGAGGGCUGCCAGGUGGAGCUCUCUGAGGGUGGCCAGGUGGUCGAUGCUGGACGCUGGCCGAGCACGGCAGCGGUUUGGGGAGGUCUCCGCAGGUCUGCCCCCACCAACAGGGAGAAUGCAGUUCCCUCCCCGGGCUUUUGGGCUUGGGCAGCGAUGAGCUCCCUGAGGAACUGAAAAGGGUCCCUGACCAGCCCAGCUGCCAGGGGAGGAGGAAGGAAGGAGUCCCCUGAGGCCUCUGGCACCUGUUUCCAGGUGUCACCUCAGGACAGUCUUGCUGUCGGGGGCAGCUCACCGGGGUCUGAGAGGUGCGGACCCGAAGGCCCGAGCUCCCCAAGUGCACCCAGUGGAGGGACGAACUGCUACUUUCAAUGAGCAAAGCUAGACCCUGUUUCCCUUCUACCCCGGAGCUCCCGCCAGGCUUCGCUUUUCAGGGGCCUCCUACCUGGCCCCCGACCAGGUCCUCUCUGCAGGCCAGCUCCCCUUGCCCAGCGGCUCAGGGAGGGUCCCCGUUGCUAAGGGGGGUUCAGUCUCCUUCAGAGAAGUUUUAUUUUUGGUCCAGAGUCUGUCGUUCAGGACUCGCCCAGCCAGCCCCGCACCAGCUUCUGAACUGCGCUAUGCCUGAUCGCCGGCCACAUUUUCACUCUUGCUUUUCCUGUUUUUAUUUUGGUAUAAAGUCGUUGCCUUUAUUUGUAAAACUGUUAUAACUAUAUAUUAUAUAAAUAUAUUAAAAAAGGAAGCUGUUUUAGAUGUCUAUUUGUAUAAUUACUUGAUCCACAAAGCGAGAAAAAUGAAUGUAUUCCUGUUUUUGAAGAGAAGAUUUUUUUUUCUCUAGGGAGAGGUACAGUGUUUAUAUUUUGGAGCCUUCCUGAAGGUGUGAAAUUGUAAAUAUUUUUAUCUAUGACUCAAUGUUAAGUAGUUGUUUAAAGUACUUAAUAAAAUAAUCCUUUUCCUGUGGAAGAGAAA